AUGGGGGUGUAUUUUCUGAUUUGUGUCAUAAAUGUGUUUUUGUUCACAGAGCAAAGGAAAAGCUAUGCCCGGGACACUGUCAGCAUCAUAUCAGAGAACACCCAGUACCAUGUCGAGCACCUCACCACCUUCACCAUUGAUCGGAAAGACGCCAUGCUAACAGUGGAAGAUGGGAUCCGGAAGCUAAAGUUACUUGAUGCCAAAGGGAAAGUGUGGACCCAAGAUAUGUAUCUGCAAGUUGAUGACAAAGGUGUUAGUUUGUCCGAUAUAGAAUCAAAGACUGAAUUAGAGAACUUUCCUGCAAGCACCAUUCAGCACUGUAAGGCUGUGAUGAAGGCCUGUAGAUACGAUUCCAUUCUGGCCCUUAUUUGUAAAGAGCCAACACAGAGCAAAGCUGAUCUACACCUCUUCCAGUGUGAUGAGGUCAAGGCUUCUUAUAUCCAACAAGAUAUUGACAGUGCACUGAGUGAUAGCAAAGGAGGGAGACCAAGGACACGGCCAGAUGUACUAAGGAACAUUGCAGCAAGUGACAGCAAAGUCCCCCCACCUCCCCAAGCGCCAGCUCCAAUGCCUCCAGGAUCAGUCACCCAGGUGGACGUACGCAGUCGUGUGGCAGCCUGGUCUACAUGGGCAGCUGAGUAUGGAGACUAUGAUCGGCGAUCCAGUCCAGAUCAGGACGAGACACCACAGAUGAUUGAAGCAAGAAUUGACAGAGAUGUGCAAAUCCUAAAUCACAUCCUGGAUGACAUAGAAUUUUUCAUAAUGAAACUACAAAAGGCAGCUGAGGCCUUUUCUGAGCUGUCCAAAAGGAGAAAGUCAAAGAAGAAGAAGGGACCAGGAGAGGGUGUCCUAACGUUACGUGCCAAACCCCCUCCUCAGGAAGAAUUCACUGAUUGUUUACAAAAGUUCAAACAUGGCUUCAACCUCCUGGCAAAGCUUAAGUCCCAUAUACAGAACCCCAGUGCUGCUGAGCUGGUUCACUUCCUCUUUACUCCAUUAAGUAUGAUGGUGGAGGCAACAGGUGGCCCAGAGCUUGCAAGAACCGUUCUCAGCCCUCUCCUAAUAAAGGAUGCCAUUGAUUUUCUUAGUUUUAUCCUAAAUGAGGAGGAGAAGAAGCUGUGGUUUUCACUUGGUGAAACUUGGACAAAGUCCAGAAUGGAGUGGCCUAAAGAUCAGUUUAUUCCCCCGUACAUCCCGCGUUUCAGGAACGGCUGGGAACCGCCACUGUUGAGCUUUGUUGGGAUGUCUAAAGAGCUAGAACUGAACCAGCCAACAGAUUCUAUACCAAAUAUGACUGACAUCCAACAGAAACGGGAAGCCAGAAGUUUACCGAAUGAGGUACCAACUAUCAUGUGUUGUUUUUAG